AAGUACAAAAACAAUGAAGUCCUCUUACGGUUCUUCCUCUGAUGAUCUCCACGCUUUGGUCAGUGAGAUCAAGAGAGAAAUACAGUUGUCCAACAUUAAUCUUGAUCCUUACUCAUUUGUCUCUCCUUCCGCCUACGACACGGCUUGGUUAUCCAUGAUCGAAGAAGACAACAACGUAGGUGAUGAUGAGCUUAAACCGAUGUUCCAAGAUUGUCUAGACUGGAUUAUGUGCAAUCAAAACUCAAGAGAAGGUUUCUGGGGAAACUCCGGUGGUUAUACUCAAAUGGCUGAUGCCGAAGCCGAAGACGGCGAAGAUGACAUGUACAUUCUCACCUCUACUCUUGCUUGUGUUGUAGCACUUCACAAAUGGAAUAUUGGGUAUUUUCAUCUCCAGAAAGGGAGAAGAUAUAUCGAACGAAGUACGGAGAUGAUAAUUGGGAAACAGAUCCACGAAAAUGGAUCUUAUCCUCGUUGGUUCGUUAUCAAAUUCACUGGAAUCCUAGAGCUUGCUCAACAACUUGGCUUACACUUUGUCUUCUCUAGUCGCUGCGUCAAAAUGAUCAAAGAAAUGUUUUAUCAACGCCAAGAGAUUCUCAAAAGAGAAAAAUUGAUGGGUGAUUGUAACCAUAAACCUCUACUAGCCUAUCUAGAGGCAUUGCCAUUGAAAUUAUAUGUUGAAAAUCAUGAAGACACCAUUGUUAAGAGCCUCGACAAUAUCGACGGCUCUUGGUUUCAGUCGCCUUCAGCAACUGCAUCAGUGUUUAUGCUCACUCGCAACACAAAAUGUCUAGCUUAUCUUCAAAAUCUCGUUCAACGAUGCCCUAAUGGAGUGCCACAAAAGUACCCUCUCAAUGAAGAUCUCAUAAAACUCUCCAUGGUCAAUCUAAUCGAGAAUACUGGUUUAGGAGAGUUCUUCGGUAGAGAGAUUGAACAUGUUCUUCAACAAGUUUACAGGCGCCACGACGAGGAAGAAGAUGUCAAGAAAAAGCCCAUGAGUUACGUGGCAGAUGAGUNAUAUAUAUACAUUGCAGGAAGGUUUUGCUGGUUCAUGAAGGAUCAAGAAACCCGAUAUAAUUUAGAAAGAAACAUAGAUUCUUUCUUGCCUGUAAUCCUAAGUGUUUACAGAGCUAUGGAUCUCAUGUUUCCGGGAGAGCAUGAGCUUGAAGAAGCAAGAGAAUAUACUCGGAGUUUACUCGAGAAACGUCGCUCUAGAAUGAUUAUACAUGAAUUAAGUACUCCAUGGAUAGCUCGACUCAGACACCUUGAUCAUAGAAUGUGGAUUGAAGACAAGAACUCAAAUGUUCUCUCAAGCGGAAAAGCUUCCUUUCUAAGACUGCAUAGUUCAUAUAGCGACAAAGUAAUUUAUCUUGCUGCAAGAAAUUUCGAGUUUCAACAAGCCAAAUAUCGACGCGAGCUGGAGGAAUUGACAAUGUGGGUAAAGAAAUGGGGACUUAGUGAUAUUGGUUUCGGUAGAGAGAAGACAACAUAUUGUUACUUUGCAACUGUCACUUCGUUGCCCUAUGAAUAUGCCAUCAAACUUGGUAAGCUUACAGCAAAGAGUGCCAUCCUCAUCACAGUUGCCGAUGAUUUCUUUGAUGAAGAAGGUUCUUUCAAAGAUUUGGAAGCUCUAACGAAAGCAGUCUUAAGAUGGGAAGGAAAGGAGCUUAAAGGUUACGGCAAGAUCAUUUUUAAAGCACUUGAUGAUAUUGUAAGUGAAACUGCAGAUACUUGUCGUAAGCAUCACGGAACCGACAUAAUCGUCCAUCUUCGCAACAUCUGGGGUGAAACAUUUGAGUCAUGGCUACGUGAAGCUGAAUGGAGUAAGAAGGGACACACACCUCCCAUGGAAGAAUAUAUUCGAAACGGAAUGAUCUCAAUCGCAGCACACACCGUUGCUCUUUCCAUAUCAUAUCUCGUAGAUCCUUGUUUUUCCCAAGACAAACUCAAACCCGGGAAUUACGAUAAUAUGACAACAUUGCUCAUGAUCAUACCUCGACUCUUAAAUGAUCUACAAAGUUAUCAGAAGGAACGAGAACAAGGGAAGAUCAAUUCCGUGCUGCUCCACUUGAAGAAUCAUCCAGACCUCGAGAUUGAGGAUUCGAUCGCUCAUAUCGAAAAGAUAAUCGAUUCGAAAAGGAAAGAGUUACUGGAGCAUGUACUAGUAGAUGGACUAAGUGAUUUACCAAAACCAUGCAAAGAGAUUCACCUGUCUUGUUGUAAAGUCUUCGAGAUGUUUUUUAACAAGAAGAACCGCUACGAUUCCGAUACGGAGAUGCUUCAAGACAUUAAGAAGGCUCUCUUCGAUCCUGUGAAUGUUUAUGAACAAGCAGAGACCGAGCCUUUGCCACUGAUGUCACAUGGUGAUGACUUUAUGAUUCUUCCUUUGCUUUUGACCAGCAUGCCAAAUAUUCUUGAAUAUAAGGAGGACGAAUACGGAGCCAUGAAAACAUCUAUGUGCUUGAGAAGAAGUUAUCGUGUUCAAAAACGCUUUAUGGUCUCACAGCUUGAUGAUCAUCGUAAGCCUCUCAAGAUUGUCGCCUCGCAGCGGAAUCCGGCACCAAUGAUCCAACCAAUAUUCUCACCAUGCUUCUACUAAUUAAUCUCUUAUCAUUAUAUAUUAUUAUGUAUAGAUUGGUAAAUAAUCAUUACUCUGUUACAUGUUAAAUAGUGUGUAUUUGUGUGUGUUUGUGCAUACUGUUAAGAUAGAUGUGAGUGUGAAAGAUUUGGAAACUAUGUUGUUUUCAAAUUGAUUUAUGAUAGCUA